CAGAAACUGAAAGUAAGAAACCCCCGAUCUCCGCAGUAGGGCGGUUACUGGAAACUCACUUUAACUUUUUAAGUUACCUUUUCGUUCGUUUCCUAAAGUAUAUAGCGUUAUAGUACUAUAUCAGCAUGAUUGCCGCCGAGUCAAGCAAGUUUCCUGCGUGGUUUAGCGUUGUCACCUUGGUUUUGCUCUUCCUCCUUAAGUCGGCUGCCUCUUCAACCAAUGAAGGGCAAAACAUAAGCCAGUCUUGUGUCGACGGCACAUACGAACAUGAGGGGAAGAAGUGUUGUCUGUGUGGAGCUGGUCUGCACCUGGAAGAACACUGCACUGUGAAUCUACAAAUUGGAAAAUGCAAGACCUGUCUUAAAGAGACAUACAGCAGUCACCCUAAUAACCAUGAGUCCUGUGAGCCCUGCACAUCCUGCUCACAACCCAAUGCCAAUCUAGAGGUGGACGAACCUUGUACCCCUGCCAGAAACGCUAGGUGUCGAUGUAAAAAGGAUCACUAUUGCAGCAGCGACAUAAAAACCUGUAAAAUCUGCUACCCUUGUAAAGUAUGUGAAAAGGGCAUCAAAGUAGCCUGUACAGCCAACAGUGACACAGUCUGCAGUGAAGGGUAUAAUACUGUGGGCAUAAUAGUCGGCAUAACUGUCCCAGUGGUUGUCAUUCUACUUGUUAUUUCUCUUGGCCUUUGGUUAUGGAGACGCAACCGAAAGAGACAACAGCAAGUCGAACUGAUGAAUGUUACAUCUGAGGAGAACAGUCAUUUUCUUAGAGUUGUGGAUCUCCAGGCUCACCUGCCAGACAUUGUAGAAGUGAUUGGAUGGAAGGUCAUGAAGGAUUUAGCGAUGCGCAGCACAAUAACAGACCCUACUAUUGAGGCUUGUCAAAUGAACCACCCUGGUAAUAUUCAGGAGGCGACACUUGAACUACUAAAGAUCUGGGUGGAGAAGAAUGGCAAGGAGGCUUCAAGAAACUUGGUCCAAAUACUACACAAGAGUGGCAAAAAGGACAGAGCAGAGCGGGUGAUGGAUAUAUUGUCUAGACCAAAUAAUAAUCAUGCUUGAAGGUCUAAUGUUGGCACCUUUUAAUUAUUUGCAGCGCUGUCUAUUGUAUGAGUUAUUAUUUUUGAACCAGUUGAGAUGUUUACAUGAUAGGAUUAAAAUGUAAAUACUAAUUUAAGAUUGUAUGUAACUAUUAUGAGACUUUGUCUGAACUUCAACUUUGUAAAAGCAGAAUUUAAGGUGAGAUUUUGGAGGACUACUGUGAUCUAGUGAAUGCUGUUAUAGAAGUCCCUGUUAUCUGCUUAAAUACUGGAUAUAGAGAUUUUUGUCAACUAUUUACUUCCCGUUUUGGGUAUGAAAGUGUUCAUAAAUAUUACAUUAUAGCCGUUACAGCGUCAACGCGAGUGACAAGCUCCCUUUCAUAGUCUAUACAGCGGACGCAAGCGUCACGGGCGAUGCGUGAAAUGCAAUACACCGCUCACGCAACGGGGUAGCAGAGACGGCCGAUAUUCAGAUCAAAAUGGCAACUAAAGAGGAGUGAAACCUAUUGCCUAUUUUUUGUUGAACGUACAGCCUAGCCAACAUUGAAAUGGUGACAAGGAUGAGAUGGGGUAACGGCAGAAGGUUGUAUUUAAACCUUCUGUAUAUAAUAAUGUAUAAUGUAAUAUAAUAAAUACUUGAAAUAAUGUACAAUACUUGCAAUUUUGCCCCCACCGACAAUGCAUAGCAUUGCAUGCGUUGGUGCUGGGACGACAUAGUUUGCUACGAAUCGACGCGGAUGCGUAUGCGUACGCAUGCGUUGACUCUGUAACGGCCCUUAGUGUCAUUUGUGCCACAGCUUGUAUAUUGUGUAAUAAACCUGAAUAAAUGUAUUGCUAGAAUAAAGGGGUCAUAUGCAUUUUGUUUCCUAACAAAGUAACAUUACUGCACCCCGAAAUUGUUUUAUUAGUUCAAUUAUUAUUAAGUAUUCAGUAAUUGAAAAAAUACAAAUAGACCUGCAUCCUAACUAUUCACCCUUGUAUCUACAUUUUUGUUCUGUUGUCUACCAGU